UUCGAAAGCAUCGAUCGAUUUUCCACCGUCGCAUCGAAAGUUCCAUCAAAAAGCUUCGCGCCCAUCGCGGCCACCAUUAAUAAAAGUGAACGCAGCACAAGUGGUAGUGAAUUUUCUUCGCUCUCAAUUUGUUGGAUUAGUAAUUUGCAAAAAAGCUCUUCAAGAAACAGGCUCUUCGUAGACCAUGGCCCGUACCAAACAGACAGCCCGUAAAUCUACCGGAGGAAAAGCUCCGCGUAAGCAGCUGGCCACUAAAGCCGCCCGUAAGAGCGCACCGUCAACUGGUGGCGUUAAAAAGCCACAUCGUUAUCGCCCGGGUACCGUGGCUCUGCGAGAAAUUCGUCGGUACCAGAAGUCGACUGAAUUGCUUAUCCGCAAAUUGCCCUUCCAGCGGUUGGUGCGUGAAAUCGCACAGGAUUUCAAGACAGAUCUUCGUUUCCAGUCGGCUGCCAUUGGUGCUCUCCAGGAAGCCAGCGAAGCUUAUUUGGUCGGCUUGUUUGAGGACACGAAUCUGUGCGCCAUCCACGCGAAACGUGUAACCAUUAUGCCCAAGGAUAUCCAACUGGCCCGUCGUAUUCGAGGCGAACGUGCUUAAGCAGUAGUAAGCAUCUUUUAUCACUACUAUUACGAUCAACAUCUCCCUUUUGCUCCCAUCAAUACCAUGAUUAUGACAGUGUUUUUUCUGAAACAGAAAAAGUAAGACUAAAUUUCACAGAAUCCAGUCGGUUCCGGUAUAGAGAACCUAGUAACUUCAUUUUGUUGAUUUUAAAUAAUUUGUUUGAUCAAAAUGCAAAGAAAAAAAAACAAGAGAAGUAAACAUUUAAAGAAAACAACAGUUUUAGGUUUGAAUACCAUAAACGUGAAAGUAGAAAUUCAUUUACAACAAACAACUUUAGAUCUAUAAGGCUAGUAAAUAAGAAAAUGUGUGAAGAAAAAAAAUAGCAACCAUUCUGCUUGUAGCAAGUGCUCAAUCCGUUGAGAGUAUCAGAAGCUUGCCCAGAAAAAAAAUAGAACAUAGUUAUCAGAAUGGUCACUAUUUCCCAACACUCAAAAAUAUUCUUUGAAAUCCACAAACACAUGGUCAAAAUGGAUAUGCAAUUUAUUUUUUUUUUAUAAUGUAAGAAAUAAACAGUAAAUGUUUACUCUGUAGAUCUUCAAUUUCGUUUCCUUCUAUCCAUGUAAUCAAAAUAGUUUUUAAUUUACCAAAAUUUUUAGUUCCAUACAUAUUUGAAUUUGAGGUAUUACGAAAGUUCAAUAAAUCAAGUACAGAUAAAUCCAA